UCACUGUACGAUAUUCCCUAUCCAGCGAGAAAGAUUUUAACCUGGCAAACACAGUCUAUAAGAAUGGAUUCUUAUAACAUUACCGUGCGAUAAAACAGGUCGGAUUAGUUUAAUUCUCUCUCCUCAGAAAUGCUAAUUAAUAGCAAUUAACGAGCAUCUUCAUUUGCAUAAUUUUCUGGAUCUGCCAUCGAGUGACAUGUUAUGUUUUCCUUAAGACAAUGGGUAACACGUCAUAAAGUGUGUAUAUUUCCUCGCACAUGAACGUAACAUAGGCGAACAGAGAAAUAUACAUCGUUACACGUGCUGGGAUCCUAUCUUUAUGUGGAGAGGGGAUUUUAUCGAUAGAAGAUGAAUCUAUACUCCUAUUCUUCAUUCUUUCUCUACUUUGUGGGAAUUUUACUGAAAUAUACGACAGGAUUGCGUUGUGACUGCACAACAGAAGAAUGUUUAGAACAAGGGACCCGGAAGUGCGUGGGUACAUGGUGCUACAGCGAAACCUACAACGGAUUUGUGGAAGCAGGUUGUUCUGACCAAUGGCAGCCGUUACUCUGUGAAAACCGCCUGUCUUCUAAACUACCACAACUCCGAAUCUCUCACUGCUGUAACGAUAAAGAUUUCUGUAAUAAAAACGUGGUACCCACUCAAGCGCCACCCCACAACAAUAUCGACACCAAAGAAAAAGGAGAAAUAGCACAUCUAGACUCUAAUUAUGACGACACAAAAAAUAAAAUAGCCAAUCCAAACAGUGACUUAACGCAUGACGCAGAUCACACCGACUGCCCAUGCGCACUCAAUGGACCCAGUAAAGAUAGUUCCAAAAUGUUAAACCCCAUCUACAUCGCUGUGCCCGUAGCGGGGGUCUGUGUACUGUUAGCCUUAGUAAUAUUCGCCAUGUACUUAUUGCGCAGGCGCACUGACUACUAUGAGAGAUAUAACUAUCCUCGUAAUGUUACUGUUCCUCCGUGUCACGUGAUCAGUGGCGGGAAACAGAACUCCUCGCCGUGUAAAAUCAACAGAUGUACGGACAGCGAAAGGUCAUCCGCAAGCAGUGAGACUAAGCUAUUUCUCUAAGAAAUAUCAAAAACCAUCUAUAUACAUUAUUAUUAUCUAUAAAAACACAUCAUUUUGCCGAAUGGGCAGACCAGGACCUUUAUGAUGUUGCACCUGAACGACAUUACAGUUGCGAACAUGGCAAAAAAAUAAAUUAUACCAUGGACUUAUGUUUUCACUGAAGAAAAAUGUGCUGAAAGCAAGUGUCUCCAGUUCAGCAGGAAAAUUCUCAUUAUUUCAAAGAUCUCGAAUUGAAAUUGUCAUCAUGACGAUUAACAUGUUCAUUUUUCAAAAAGUCAACGCAAAACCAUGAUGAAACGCCAAACAUGAAAUGUUUUCUACGUGGGUAUCGGAAAUCAAAGGAGUGUGAGAAGUCACCAUUGUAAACGAGCUAUUUAUGUUUUUGAACGAAUGAUGUUUAAAUGUUUUGACGAAGAGCAAAAAUCUUUUGAAUGUAUUGUAAAUGCUUUUGUUUGUAAGGUGGUGCUAUAAUAUUCAUAUUUUUUUACGCAAAAGAUGACUGAAUGCAUGGUACAUGUACGUGAUAGGAAUGUUUCUAUAGAGAGUGGUGUCCAUCUCAUGGUCUGUAGUGAGAACUUCGUGUGCCUGGACUGAAUGUUUCAUAAGGUGUUUUACUUAUUGCGUUUUAUGAUCAAAGAAUCUCAAUUUUUAGAAAUGUUUUAUUGGAAGUUUGAACGUGCCAAAACAUCUUGAAGGACAUUAAGUGUCUUGUAUAAAAGUUUCAAGAACCCUAAAAUCUGAAUGAAUGUGAGUCUUGGAUUUUCAUCACUUGACACAGUCUGUGUUUGGUUUGCUAAUGCAUGAAUGUUGCACAAAUUAUUAUCACCAUUACAUGUAUAUAGUGAUAAAAACAGUUAUACUAAGACCAUGACACAUUCAUGUAUUCAUAUAUUUUCUCAGUAUUGAUUACAAUUGAUAAACGCACAAACAUACACUUUAUGAAAAUGUAACUCUGUUUUAAACUUUUUAUUUAUACGUAAUGCAAUGCACACACCAUGACUGUGUAUAACUUUAAAAUGAAUGAAACUUAUGGCUGAUUUAUUGUUCAUUUGAAUUAAUCACAUAUUGUGGGAAUUGUGGAAAACACAGAAAAAAAUCAUUGUACAAAAGACAGAUACACAUUCACUUUAAAAAACAAUCAGGGAUGAGGCCAUCUUUACAAUAAUGUUUUGCUUGCCCUCUCCCGACUCGGGUUAAAUUAUCAGGUCGGUAGGUAGUUGCGAAAAUCUUUCUUCCAGAAAGUUUCAAUUUUUUUGACGUGAUAAGAGGAAUUUAAAAGAAAAAAAAAAUAUCGUGUCCUGAAAUGUUUAAAAAAGUUUUGAGUCUGGUGAAUUUUGGUUAGUCAGUCGGGAUACGGCAAGCAACAAUUUUUUAAGGAUGGCCUGAAUAUGAUUCUUUUUAAUUAAUUCACUGUUUUAUUUUUUAUUGUGUUACGCGUAUACAUUUUUUUUCUAUGAUUUAUGAUGAACAUCUGUUUAAAUUUCCACUGCGAUAAACACACCAGAUGUUUUUAUAUCAAAGAUUCUAUGAAUCACUUGCUCAUAAUUUUGUUUUGUUUUGUUUAUUUUUCACUAGUCUACUACUACUAUUAUUACAUUUCAUUUAUUGUCAUGAAACAAAGGCGUUAGAAUGCAGACUGAAUGGUAUAUGUUGGUUUUAAAAGGCUGUGUUUGAUUGCUAAUUUUAUAUGAAAAUGUUGUUAAUGACAUACAAAAAUGUUAUUUGAUAUCUGAAAUAAAAAAAAGAGAAAGCAA